CACCUCCUCCUAGCUUACACAAUCCAGCCAAAAAAAGAUUGUGAUUUCACGCUCGUAGAUGAGUCCAAACUCGGCCUUGCAAAGCCAAGAACGCGGGCCCCUUCGUUGUUAUCAGUUUUCAGAUUAUAUCUGCAGGUGACUAUGUGUGAGUGUGUCAUCUUGGCACUUCAUUGUCAUGUAGAGCAAUCAUUUUCUCUAUCUUUUUUACUCUCCUGGUCAUAACUAAUAACCAUGUCGAGCACGAGACUAACCGACGUUGAUAGCCAAGAGUUUCAUAGAGCAAAAGCCGAAUUUGACCAAACGAAAGCUGGAGUCAAAGGAGUCCUAGACUCCAGGAUUUUGAAAAUCCCGAAUAUAUUCAUCCACCCACCGGAGAAUUUACUAAAAAGCCCGUCUUCUGGAGCAAGCGAUCUAGACCUUCAAGUCCCGGUGAUAGAUCUUAAAGGCUUUGAAGGAGGAAAAGAAGUCAAAGAAGUCAAAGUUGGUGAAAUUCGGGAAGCGUCAGAACAAUGGGGGAUUUUUCAACUGGUUAACCAUGGGAUUCCGGUUAGCGUUCUGGAUGAAAUGAUAGAAGGCGUGCGAAGGUUUCAUGAGCAACCCAAUGAGGUGAAGAUGAAGUGGUACUCGCGUGAGUACGAGCAACAUGUUAGGUUUUACUCUAACGGUAGUCUUUAUGAGUCGAAAGCGUUUAAUUGGAGGGACACGGUUUCUUGUCACCAUGCUGAUGGUGCACUUGAUCCUAAUGCGAUGCCGCAAGUUUCCAGGAGAGCGAUACAAAACUACAUGGAACGGAUCAUAAGUCUAAAAAACACACUAGCAGAGUUACUAUCAGACGCUUUAGGACUCGACAGUAAGCACCUAGAAAGCAUGGAUUGCAUGAAAACCGCCACACUCUUGUGCCAUUACUAUCCCCCUUGUCCUGAGCCCGACUUGACUCUAGGAGCCACAAAGCACUCAGACCCGUCGUUCCUGACCAUUCUUCUUCAAGAUAGUAUCGGUGGUCUUCAGGUUUUUCGAAACGGUCAAUGGGUGGAUGUGAAACCGGUCAAAGGGGCACUCAUAGUAAAUAUUGGCGAUCUUAUGCAGCUCGUUAGCAACGACAAGUUUAAGAGCGUGGAACAUAGAGUGCUGGCUGCGCCUAUCGGGCCGCGAAUAUCUUCCGCAUGUUUCUUUUAUCCAAGUACUGCUAAUGACUGUAAGCCCUAUGGGCCCAUAAAGGAGCUGAUAUCAGAAGAGUGUGGGCCGAUAUACAGGGAGACAACCCCUAAAGAAUACAUGUCUUGCUAUAGAUCAAAAGGACUAGAUGGUACCUCAUGCCUUUCCUACUUUAAGUUGUAGAAAUGUAGCUUAUAAAGCAAUUGUUGGGAGUGUAAUGUUAGUUACAAAUAAAGUGAAUCAUUAGCAAGUAAACUCAUUUAAUAAUAUAUAUAAACUAUGAUUAUUUCA